UCGAUAUAAAAUGAAAGGAAGUGAGGUUGGAAACAGUUGGAAACAAUAUGCAAAAAGUAAUGCAGAUGGAAGAGCAAGAAGAGAGAGUGAAAUUAAAGAAGCAGUAGGAGGGAUACAGUUAUUGAAGAGUCGAAACCCUACAUCCUCUAUAUUUUCUAAUGUAUGCUUUGCAGGGUACACUAUUGUCUCCAAAGUCGCUCUAGACAAGGGCAUGAACCGUUAUGUGUUUGUGGUUUAUGGACAUGCUUUUGGAACUCUAGCAACUGCUCUUUUUGCAUUUCUCUUUGAGAGGUUUAUCUUUUUCGUUCUUCUUGGAAUUCUUGGUCGUUAAGAUCGAGUCUAAUAAAGUCCCAAACAGUGUAGAAAUUCAUGAUUUCAUGCUGACAUCUUCAUCAUAAGUAACAACUCUGAGAAAAACUUAUUAAUUAAGUUUGCCUGUGCUUCUCAUGGCAGGAAAAAUGAGAGCAAAAUCAAUAUUCAGAUCUUGUGAAAUGUCUUUUUCUUAGGUCUGCUGGAAGGAGUGUUAGGAAGAACACUGUACUACAUGGGAUUGGAAUACACUUCACCAACUUUUGCAUCUGCCAUGGGCAACAUGAUUCCAUCGAUUACCUUCAUCUUAGCUGUUUUGUGCAAGUAAUAGUAUACUUCUAGUAUGUGGUCAACGAAACAAUCAAAUAAACAUGGUCCAUGUAACUUAAACUCUUUGCAGUAUGAUGUGUUCAGGAUGGAACAGUUUGAUAUUUCCAAGCCUGGCACCCAAGCCAAGAUUGGGGGAACUCUUGCAGACUUUGCUGGUGCCACAGUCAUGACCCUCUACAAGGGCGUUGCUGUAAUUACAAUGCACACCAAAAGCUCCCAUCAAACUGCAGCUACCUCAAAAUCAUCUACAGUCGCAGAAUGGAUAAAGGGCUCCCUUGUCCUUAUUGUUUCAUUUAGUUCAUUAGCAGCAUUCUAUAUCUUACAGACAUCAACAAUUAAAAUGUAUCCAGCACCAAUCACUCUUACAUCAUUGACCUGCUUAUCUGGGACACUGCUCUCAACAGUCAUGGCAGCAAUUCUAGAUCACAAAGCAUCUUCUUGGAAGUUAUCACGGAACACACUUCUUGCUCCUAUGUCUAGUGUAAGAACUUGAUCACACGUCUUCAACCGUCUAAGGCCUAUGAUGUUUGUUUAUGAAAAGUAAUUUGAUGAGGUCUCAAACAAGCUUCUCGUAAUUAGUUCUCAAAGUUUUCUAGUGCUAGCUAUACGAAGUGGCAGAUUUUAAAAGUCCAAGGCUGAUUAUUUUUUAUUCACAAAGGUGCAUAACAAUUCUUUUACUGCACUUUUGAUUUAUGUUGAUGAUAUUUUACAGUUUCUACUCAUAGUCAUAGGAAAUGACCCGAAGGAUCGAAAUUCAAGCUCUCAAAUCAUUUCGCAAUAAA